AUGCCAUCAGUGGUGUUUGUCCGCGGGAUGCUCUAUCUGACCCUCACUGUUGUGGGAGUCCCGGGUAACGGGACAGUCAUCCUGGCGUUCCUCCUCUUGCUGUACCAGAAGAACCACCUCCUCCCAUCUGAUGUCAUUGUCCUGCACCUGGCCUGUGUCAACCUGCUGGUGGUGGUCGUCCGCUGUCUGCUGGAGACCCUGGCCUCCCUCCGCCUGCCCAGCAUCUUCGGAGACGUGGGCUGUAAGGCCGUGAUCUUUGUCUACAGAACAUCCCGGUCCCUCUCGAUCUGGCUCACCUUCGUCUUGAGCGCCUACCAGUGCCUGAGCAUCGCCCCUCCUGGAUCACGCUGGGCCUCCUUCCGCACCGUGUUAGCCCAGUAUUUGGGCUUUGUGUUCCUCUUCCUCUGGGUCCUCAACACCUGCAUGUCGUCGGCAGCCAUACUCUUCUCCUUCGGCACCAAAAACGUCUCCAACCUAUCAAACCAUGGCAUCAAUGUCCAAUUCUGCUACGUUAACUUUCCUUCAAAGUUGUCCAUUGAGGCGAACGGGGCAGCCCAGGUGGGCAGAGAUGUGGUGCCCAUGGCCCUCAUGGCGCUAGCCAGUCUGAUCAUCCUGGUCUUCCUUUACAAGCACAGCCAGCAGGUGAAGGGACUCCGCGGCAGUAGCGGCGGCGGGGCAGAGCGACGAGCUGCCAAAACCGUGGUAGCUCUCGUGACCUUGUAUGUGGUUCUUUACGGGGUCGAUAAUGGGAUUUGGGUCUACACUCUCACUGUGAGGAAGGCCAUGACUUCCUCGCUGAUCUCUGACCUGCGUAUAUUCUUCUCCUCACUCUAUGCAGCGCUAAGCCCCGUGGUCAUCAUUACAUCCAACAGGAAGGUGAAUGGCAUGCUUAGGUGUGACGUGAAGAGGAAGCCUGUUCAGGAGAAAGACACAUGUCUUUCUACUGUGUGA